AUGCGGUUUCAAAGUGUCAGCGUCAUUGCUGCUGCUAUUGCUACAGCUUUGGCAUGCGGAGGAGACCACAGUUGCUAUGGGCCGCUGAAGGAUGAUGUGGUCUUGACACGCAAUGUUAGGCGUAUGCAGCCAGAUGCAAGCAAUGCGACCACAGGGCCAAAAGCCCCUCUUGAAUGGGGCCAGAUCAACUUCUUGCAUACGACCGAUACGCAUGGCUGGCUAGAGGGUCACAUCAAGGAGCAAAGUUAUGGAGCUGAUUGGGGUGACUUCGUCAGCUUCACAAGGCAUAUGAAGCAGAAGGCCAACAAGCUUGGUGUGGAUUUGUUAUUGGUUGACACAGGUGAUUUGCACGACGGAGCCGGCUUGAGCGACGCAACAUCACCCAAUGGUGUAGUGUCCAAUCCUAUUUUCGAGAACGUUGAUUACGACCUUCUGACAAUUGGAAAUCACGAGCUCUACGUAACAGAAAUUGCCUACGAGACCUUUAGCAACUUCUCAAAGGUGUACGGAGACAAGUACAUCACAAGUAAUGUGCAAAUCAAGAACCCCGCUACCGGACAGUUUGAAUACAUUGGUGCACAGUAUCGCUACUUCACCACGGAGCGAGGUCUACGCAUAAUGGCAUUUGGGGUGCUCUUUGACUUUACUGGCAACAGCAAUGUUUCGAAGGUCAUCAAAGCGGCUGAUCUGGUGAAAGAACAGUGGUUCCUUGACGCUGUCAACUAUAAGGAUCCCAUUGAUCUUUUCGUACUGGCUGGUCAUAACCCGGUCAGGCUUAACGAGUCGAGCAGCUCUUUUGACACGGUAUUUGGUGCUAUCCGUGGUGAGAGGCCAGACGUGCCCAUUCAGGGCUUCGGCGGUCAUACUCAUAUCCGCGACUUUACCGUGUGGGACAACAAAGCUACAGCAUUAGAGUCUGGUCGAUACUGUGAGACGUUGGGUUGGUUAGCUAUGUCUGGCAUCGAGUCCACGGCAAAGAAGGUAAAGAAGAACCCCAAAGGUGUACCAAACCCUACACGAAGUGCUGUCCCGCCACCAAGCACUGGUACAGUCAGUGCGAGUUUGCAGUUGCCAACUUCAACCUCUCCUUCCAGUUUGCGUUAUGCCCGACGCUACCUAGACUGGAACCGUCAGACGUUUGCAUACCACGCCAAGGGUAGUCAGAACUUCAAUGCGUUUGGUACACCCAAGGGCGCUGCAGUUACAUCCGAGAUCACAACAGAGCGCGCUAAGCUCAACCUUACCAGCCUCUAUGGCUGCGCGCCUGAGACGUACUGCCAAUACUGCAAACCAUACGGGACUGAUGGCAACAUCUUCAAGCUACUACAGACCGCUCUUUCUACAGUCGUUGUAAAUGAGACACGCAAAAAUAACUCUCGCUUGAUCAUCAUCAACACUGGGAGCAUUCGAUUCGAUCUUGCCAAGGGACCAUUCACGUAUGAUGAUUCUUUCAUCGUCUCGCCGUUCGAUGAUGCGUUCCAGUUCAUUCCUGACGUUCCUUAUGAGCAAGCCUCUAAAGUCAUCGACAUUCUGAACGCGGGACCAUACCAGAAGAAGCGUGACCUCGAAAACGCUGAUUUCGAUUUCAACACCAUCCUCGCUGAUCGCGACACCUGCAUUGAUCCACCACUCACACAUUCUUAUGAGGGGGUAACUCGCCGCUCGAAACAAGGUGGACGUUUGAUACGACGUCAAUCUACCACUCCCACCCCGGGAUACACCACCGUGGACGACUUUGGCAAUGACGGUGAUGAUACUGUCCAUUCGAACAUCCCGCACUACCCUCAGCCCAACGAUCUUCAGGCUAAUGGGUCAUUUCCCCUGGAUGGGUCCCUCCCCAAGACCGUUGAUCUUGUCUUUCUCGACUUCAUUGCUAGUUACAUCGUCAAUGCUUUGAACAGUGCUGACGUGGGUGGCAAGUUUUCGUUGAACCAGGUCUCCUACUAUAUGGACAAGAAGUUCACAACUAACAGCUACCUUCCUGCGUAUGCGAAGGUUGCUUGGCAGGCCAAUGUACCGAAUUGCCCUAUCGGAGAAGGAAUCGGAUUUUAG